AUGGCAACUCUCAAAGCAGUGAAGCAUUGGUUAGUAUUGUUAGUGAAUGUGUUGAUCGCCGGCAUCGAGGAGUUCCACGUCUUAUACCAUCGAUUCCCAUCGCAAAUGGCUAUGAAGUGGUCGCUGAUCUCGCUGUUGGUGGUGAUAGGCGUGCAGGUGGUGACCAUCGGCACCCAAUCGACCGGUGAUGUGGUGAACGGCAAAGUGGAUCGCGUUAUCGACAUAUCCUCACAACUCGUGAGAAUACAGACCCGAGUGGUGGUCGACAACAGCCGUAAUAAGAAGUCUUUGGAUCACUAUGUGGUCGGUUUGGAUGCGUUGAGCGCUCAGCACUUGUCGUACAUCUCGGCCACAAUCGACAAGAAGGCCCUCAAAGUGGCGAAAGUGGACGACAAGACAUAUCGUCUGCAACUGUCGGCCUCCGAAGCCAUAGCCGCCGGACAGUCGGCCAGCGCUGUCAUCGAGAUCGACACCGUCUUCACGCACUCGUUGACGCCAUUUCCCGAACAGAUCCUUCAGGCGGAGCGACAACUCGUCCAGUACUUCGGAAACGUGUACUUCUGGAGCCCCUAUGAGACCAAAACGCAGACCACGAAAGUAAAGCUGACGCCGAGUGGUAGCGUCGAGUCGUUCACGAAAGUGAAGCCAACGGCGCAGACGGACCGCACCAUCACUUACGGGCCGUACGAUAACAUCGCGGCCAACACUCACGCAGAGCUGAAGAUCCACUACGAGAACAACACGCCGUUCCUCACUGUCACGAGACUGGAGCGGGUCAUCGAAGUGAGCCAUUGGUCGGCUAUGAUCUCCGUCGAGGAGACCAUUGAUGUGUUGCAUACCGGCGCUCAGCUCAAGGGAGCCUUCUCUCGGUAUGAGUUCCAGAGAGAGCCCACGAACGGCAUCUCAUCGAUAAAGUCAUGGAAAACGAAACUACCGGUGAAUGCGAGGGAUAUCUACUAUAGGGACGACAUCGGGAACAUAUCGACCAGUAAUCUGAAGGCCGGUUCCCAACACCUGAUCGCAGACCUGAGGCCGCGGUUCCCACUGUUUGGCGGAUGGAAAACGCAUUACCUUUUGGGGUAUUAUAUCUCCUCUCAAGACCUUCUUCUCAACGAAGGCAACGAUUUCGUGCUUAAGAUCCCAUUCGUGGACCACAUCUUCGACAACAGUGUCAUCGAUGACGUGACCGUUAAAGUGAUUCUUCCGGAGGGCUCGUCUGAU